AUGAUUACAAUUAUUACACUGCUUGUUGUUCUGAUACAACUUUCUUCCUCCCAACUCAAUGGGAAAAAAGAAGAUGGAAUUCCUGAGGGCUUUGCUGUAUACACAAGCCUGGAUAAACUUCUCGAUUUCUUCCGGAAUCAAACGGAUCCCAUCGCCAAAGACAUUGUGGAGACUUUUCUCAGGGACUGUGUUUACCCUGGCAUCCACGACGGGACCAGGAAUGCUCUCAUGAAACCCGUCAUAGUUAUGGAGGGAAACCAUCGCUCUAGCAGAGACAUAAUAUCCAUGGGGCUCGCAGAGAUCAUGAACGCCAGAUACCUGAUACACCCGGCCCCGUGUAUAUACAAGUUCCACACACUCAUACCCAAGGGUACAUUGCUGCGUCGGGCUUUCUACCUUCUCUCGGACUACGCGGUCUCAUACUACGCCAAGGCUAACUUCAACCGACCGAUCGUCAUCAAUGGGUAUUGGACGGAGAAGAUGGCGUUCGCAAUGUCACACACCUACACAAAUGAGACCAUUCCUCCAUUAUCAUCUGACGUGUUCAAAUGGCCAGAAGGUCUUCUCAAACCUGACUUCAUAUUUUAUCUUACAUUCCCGGAGGCACUUAUGUCAAAGUUUGCGACCACGAGGAGUCCUCAAAUAUGGAAGAGAAGGAUGCUGCAAGUGUACGAGUACAUGAGUCAACGACACCCGAUAGUCAUCACGGAGAUCAAAUCAUUGUUCAAGCUGACAACCGAAGAUAUCCAUAGACACAUCAGACAAAACUUCUACGAUAAGUUCCAGAAUAUGACGUUUCACUGACCAAACCGUAAAAUUUAACUUUCAAUUCUAAAAUAUUAUGUCUGUUAGCACAAGAAAUGUUCCAUUUGCUUAAUCGUAAUUGUAAUAAUACAAAACAAAUUUUUACUCAACAAUUGUCAUUAUGUGAAUAUACAAUUAAUUUACAAAUGACUUCAUUAUUUUUACUAUUGUCAUUUUGUCUUUAAGGCUUACUUAACAUAUUUACUUAAGUAGUCAAAAUUAAAUGAAACACCAUUAGUCAUCAAAGAGCUUUGGACAAAAGAAGUAUUCAUUUUUAUCACAAAACAGCUUUAACAAGCUCAAACGAAUUCGCUUAUAAUAUUUUCUGCAUCACAAACGUCCGUAAUGGAAAUUUCUUCUCAGAGCUCAACCUUAGUAAUCAACUAAACAUAUCAAAGACAGUUUUGCAGAGUCGAACUGGUCUCUGUUGAGCUUAAGCUAAUUUGACUUGAAUGAGAAAAUGUCUGCAAUUCCAAAGUACUUUCAUUUUGUACCAACAAUAAGAUAAAAUCAUCUUUACAUUU